AUGACAUCACUCAUUUCAGCUGGUGUGAAUUUGACAGGUGAUAUUGGACCAAUUCUCGCCGAAUCGUUUGCGAAUCUCAUUCCGAAAGUCAAUGUACAACAGAUGGCGGUUUUCCGAGGAACCGAAGGGGUAAGGCACCGGUAUAAAUACUGCACUUGUCGAACACUAACAUCACUUCAAUCACUUUCAACAAUCAAACUCAUUUUCUCAAUCAGUCAAUCGAAAACGGUAUGUCAUUCGGUGAGAGUAUUAUGCACGAGCUUCAAGCUAGCUUACAAAAUAGCUCAUCAAUGA